AAUUGAACGGAGCUUCUCAAAUUUAAACGUGAAUUUUAUUUCGUAGUCGUGCAUUUUUUAUUUUAAUGUGCAAAAAUGGAUGUGGAUGAGUGCAUUAAAGAAUGGGAAGACUUGAUAGUUGACUACAAACGUCUGGAGUCAGUAAACAAGCAAUACUUGACAAAACUGGAAGAAGUGGGCGAACUACAAGGAGCAUGCAUGAAAGAGCUGCAACAUCAGCGAUAUCGCAUGUCUAUUAUCACCGGAACACUCAAAAGGUUAGAAAAAAAAAGAGUACCAAAAGACGAGCGCGUUUCGAAUCUCGAAAAAGAGAUAAUGAAGAGGAAAGCCAUGCUGCACGAGAUCGAAGCCACACUGCCCAAACAGAAUAGUCUUUAUUUGAAGAUCAUACUCGGAAAUGUCAACGUGUCGAUUCUUAACAAAAACGACAAAUUCAAGUACAAAGAUGAAUAUGAGAAGUUUAAAUUAAUUCUCAGCGCCAUUGCAUUUGUUUUAGCUGUUGCUAAUCUGUACAUAGAUUUCAGGCCCUUACAAUUAAUACUCAUAUUCCUUCUGGUAUGGUAUUACUGCACUCUAACAAUUCGAGAGAGUAUUCUCAAAGUGAACGGGUCACGUAUCAAAGGGUGGUGGCGGCUGCAUCACUUCAUUUCAACCGUGGUAGCUGGUGUACUACUUAUUUGGCCACAGAAUGAACCGUGGAACGAGUUCCGACAUACAUUUAUGUGGUUCAUUGCGUAUAUCAGUGUCGUACAAUACAUGCAGUUCAGGUACCAAAGUGGUGUACUCUACCGGCUAAAAGCUUUAGGUGCGCGACAUAACAUGGACAUUACCAUUGAGGGUUUCCACUCGUGGAUGUGGCGCGGCCUUUCUUAUUUACUACCAUUCCUUUUCGGCGGAUACGUGUUCCAGCUCUACAUAGCGUAUACGCUCUACCAUCUUAGCUAUCACCCUGAAGCUACUUGGCAGGUGGCAGCAUUAAGUAUGUCGUUCCUGCUACUCGGCAUCGGUAAUACGGUGACGACGCUGAUCGUCAUUCCUCAGAAGCUCAACGAGCAGGACCAGACGUGAUACAGUCAAGUUUAUAGAUUUGUAUCGAAAGUCAAAGAAUAGUUAACCAGAGAAGAACUGAAUAUAUGGAGGAUAAGAUUGUCAAUAUUUCGAUUAAAAACUUUUCUCGUAAAAAUUGCGAUCUGCAUUUAUGAAUCUCUUCUCGACGAGUGAAUACGAGAGAAAUAGUUUAAUGCACAAAUGUACGCGGUGUUGAUAUAUUAAUAGAGAAAUCGUAAUAUUGCUAACCGCAGUUCGUGUCCGUCUCGUGUCAAGUUAUCAACACCAUGCCAUGUUAAUAAAAGUAUGAGUAUCUAAUUGUCUGGAAAAAGAAGGGUUGUUUGUACUUAUUAGAUAAUUUAGUUUUUUUUAUAAUACUAAGUGACGGCACGAACAAGUCGUGUGCCUGG